AUGCUAGAGAUGCUACCAACUCCGUUUGGUCUCGUACGUUUCGGUGUAGCACCUGAUCAUCCCGAAGUAAAGAGUGUAAUGAAUGAAUUUAAUAAAGUGGCAUCCGAUACACGAUUUCGCUUCCUAGGGAAUGUAUGUGUGGGUGAAGAUGUGACGUUGAGCGAAUUGCAGCAACAUUACCACGCUAUUGUCUUGGCUUACGGUGCGGCAGGAGAUCGUCAACUGAAUAUCCCUGGCGAGAAUCUGAAUGGUGUGAUGUCAGCACGUAGUUUUGUUAAUUGGUAUAAUGGGCAUCCAUCAUUUUGUAAUUUGAAGUUGGAUCUGACCCAAAUUGAGACGGCAGUCGUUAUUGGUCACGGUAAUGUGGGUGUAGACUGUGCACGUUUGCUUACAAAGAAUGUGGAAGAACUCGCUAGUACAGAUAUUGCUGAUUAUGCGAUAGAAGCUUUACGGAAAAGCAAAAUUCGAAAUGUUGUGAUUAUUGGGCGACGUGGUAGUACUCAGGCAGCAUUUACAAUGAAGGAGCUUCGAGAAUUGACUAAGCUAGAUGGUGUUAAGUGUGUUGUAGAUCCCGAAGACUUAAGACGCAGUAUAACACCUGCGUCAGAGCAGGAAAUGAGAGAUCAGCGUGGUCGUAAGCGUAUGAAUGACGUAUUAAACAUGGCAGCUGAGCACUUUGAUACAGCUAUUGACACUAAACGCGUUGUCCAGAUCAAAUUUCUGAGCUUACCGAUAGAAUUUCUAGCAGAUGAGAGUGAUCCGAUGCGUGUUGGGGCAAUUCGAGUCGAAAAAACAAAGCUUGAGGGGAAAGCGAACCAACAGCGAGCAGUAGGAACUGGAGACUUUGAGGUCAUUCCGUGUGGUCUUGUGCUGCGCAGUAUUGGCUACAAGUCAGAACCAAUUGACAUGGCCAUUCCUUUUGAUACCAGUCGUGACGUGAUAGCGAAUGACCAAGGACGCGUUGUCACUUAUAGUGACGGAAAGUCACAUCCUAUUGUUGGAUUAUACUGCACCGGAUGGGUAAAGCGUGGUCCGACGGGUAUAAUUGGCACCAAUAUCAUGGAUGCACGAGAGACAGUGAGCUGUAUUCUUGACGACUUUGCUACUGGUAAAUGUCUGAAUAGUUCUGACAAAGACUUAAAAGGACUAGAGGCGGUAGAAUCGCUGAUCAAGAAGCGCAAUCCAGACAAGCAAGUCGUUCGAUGGGCAGACUACGAACGUGUAAACACUGAGGAGAAGCGUCGAGGUGAAAUGGUUGGCAAACCUCGUGAGAAGAUCACGUCUGUGGAUGAGAUGCUCGAGAUCGUGAAAAGUGGCUACUAA